GGAUAUAUUCGUAAACAAAAAUUAUUUCUCUUUUAUUGUUUUUACCAUCUAGUAAUGAUUGGCCUGGUACAAUUUCGUUGUCUACCGUAUAAUGAGCGAAAAGAGAGCAGUGAUCGGAGAGAGGGGGGGAUGGUCAAUCAAGGGGCUAUUGAUGGGUGGCUGGGACAGGUGAGGACAUGAGAAAAGGAGAGAGAGACAGUAGAUUAGAUGUUUGCUUACGUACUAGGCCCAUUUCGAGUGAAAGUGGAAAGAAUGGGUCAGAUAAUUUGCAUUUCUGCUAAGUAUAUUUGCACAAAAGGUUCUAAAAUCUACCCAACGUGAUCACGAAACAGUGGUACUUUCAGACAAUGACUAGUAUUCUUCAAAGGUUUCGGCAAGGACGACGACUCAAAGAAUGGAUUCUUUCGGUUCGACUGCGUGAAAAAGAAAACGAAAUAGAAUCUUUUAGUUUGGAUAUCUAUAUAGAGAGAAAUAAUAGACUAGAAAAUCGGACACUGGGUCCCAUCCCUGAUCAGCACUUUGGGAAGAUAUACAUGUAGUACUGUAAGAAUUGUUUCUCUCGGCUCAACUGAAAAGGAAAUCUGUACCUAUUUGUUUUCGGUUGUCUCGCGAGCGGUAAUAAGAUAGAGACAAGACAAAAGCUCACCGCGAAGCUACAUGGAACAGGGGAAUAAUAAGACCUACCCAGAAAAACAACAUGGCCCUAAAACCGGAAGUGGAUGGGUCCAACCGGAAGACAGGACUGUGCCCAUCACAACGACAAGCAGAAGGUACCAGGACAGGGUGUCUUGGUGGGCCGUCUUCUACAGGUCGGUCCCGGAUGGGAUCGGAAUCGGGGGAAUGAAAUACGUCUUCAACCCUGUGGAAGUGACAUUCAGAAGGUUAUUCUGGCUACUCCUCAUCUUAUCUGGAGUCGGUUUGCUAACAUAUCAUAUCACCAUACGAGCCCAAUAUCUAGCCACCUACCCAACAAGUGUGACUGUGAUAUCCAACUAUGAAGAAGUGCUCGCCUUUCCAACAGUGGCAAUAUGCAACUACAACACCUACAGACGGUCUGCUGUUGAAGGGACUGAGUUUGCGGACUUUCUCAAUGAAUUGUUCGACAAUUUCUUCGCCGUGAAUACGUCAAGUCCGCACGCCCCUUAUGUGGACUCGGUCACGAUGAGCGAGCUAUUCACUCAAUACGGACAUCGAGCUGAAGAAACAAUUGCUUUUGGCACAUGGAGGAGUACAGGGGCACUCAGUCAUGCUAACUUUACGACCAAGGUAACUGACUGGGGUCUGUGUUUCAUUUUUAACGAUGCAAGCAAUGGAAACCCGCCUGUAACCGUCACCCGAUCUGGUAAACAGCACGGACUGGAACUCUUGCUCAAUGUUCAGCAAUACGAAAGCUUCCUCGAGCCUAAUGGAAGAAUCUCGACGGGAUUUCAAGUCCAUAUCUACGAUUAUGGCACAGAACCGCGCGUUGUUGAUCAUGGCUUUGGAAUCGCACCCGGAACGCACACCCAUGUUGCAGUUGAAGUGACCGAGACUUCCAAUCUGGAACAGCCUUACGGGGUGUGCCAUGAUAAACCCCUGAAGUAUUUUGAUAAAUAUGGUUUUCCUGAAUGCUUCAUUGAAUGUCAAAGCGAUUUUUUCUUUAACGCAUGUGGAUGCAAAUUCUUCGCUACCCCGAUGGCAAGCAAUGAGGCAGAAUGCACUGUUCUUGGGUUUUACACGUGUGGAAAUCAAUACUAUGGCUCGUUCGUUCAAAACCAUACAUGUGACUGCCCGGUGCCUUGUUCUAUAAGAUCGUACAGACCAACUAUCUCAACCACGGCAUACCCUUCGGCAUACUGGGAGCAAAAGGUGGCAGCUGAAAACCCUAUUUCGGAAGAUUAUUUGAAGGAAAACUUUUGCAUGCUUUCGAUAUACUUUAAAGAGAUGAGCAUCCGGCAGAUCACCCAGAAGAUCGAUUAUACUUUCUUCGGUUUUUUAUGUGACGUGGGUGGUUCGCUGGGACUGUGGCUUGGUGGGAGCAUCCUCACAUUCUUUGAAUUCUUCGAUCUCUUCGGAUAUUCGCUAUUUACUUAUUUUAAACGGAUACCCAAUUCCAGAAAAUGAGUUUUCAGGGCCCAUUCUACAAUCCUCCGGGUAGCGUUCCACGGAACGUCUUGUUUGGGAAUUUAUAUCGUUAAAGUUGCUCAUAGCCAAUCAAAAGGCACGGAUCUCAGUUUUCCGUAAAAGUAGUCAAAAUACCACAGAAAAUUGCAUUUUUAUUCACUGUAAAACACUGUUUAAAACCUUUAUACAACGCUGCACUAUAUGAACAUUACAGAAAUUGUUUGACAGUUUGGAUUCACUAAGAUUUGAUAUGAAAAAAAAAUGAAAUUUGUAAUGUAAGAUUUUAGACACUUGUUUAAACUGCGAGAUAAUUACUAAAAAAAUAAACUGCGUUUUUCCUGUGUAAAACGCUUUCUACAUUCCAUUUCUCGAAUGACAGUAAGGCAAUACUUCACAGCUAUGUUGAGUAAAAAUAGGUUGAUAUGCAAUAUUUCUACCUCGUACCUCGUCUAUAGACACAAAAUAACGGUUAUAUACGUGUUUGUCGAAUUUUCCAACAAGACAAUCAGAUUGCCUCCAACAUGACCGAAUAUUCUCCUCUUUCCUUUUCCGAUAGAGAUCAAUAAAUUGGCCGUCAAAAAUUAAUUUUAUUCUUAGCAUACUUUCACAUUUUUAUAGGUUAUCUGUAUAGUUUGCGGCACCCCCUUUAUGCAGCUUAUUUUCUUGGAUGCCAGUUCCCGUUUGACCCCUGAUUUCAAAGGAAACACCUUGAUAAUGUUGAAAAUGGAGAAUUAAUGGAUAUUUUAUCGUCUCUCGUAAUUUAUUCCACACCCCCCCCCCCGAUAGCUUAAUGAACAUAAUAGACUAUUCAAUUUAAAAAUAAAGUUAGCUUUAGUGCACUAUAGUGUUAUGUUUAGUCUACUGAGUCUUGUCUUGAUAUGAAUAUAUUGUAUUUUUUCAUACGUGCUUAAAAUCUUUUUGAUGUAAUAUCAUGUAAAUAGAAAUGUAUAGAUAAAAUAUAUUGAAGAA